CAAUGGCUUCAUCAUCGCUGGUCUUACCUCGUCCCCCCUCUCAUAAAGAAAACGACGAGACAGAUUCGAAUUCGACAGACUUCUCUUGGCUGACGUAUUGGAAACAGGGCGGAGAAGAAAUUCCAGAUGAGUUGCAGGACACUGUGGGAUUGGAGACGACGGUUACCGUUUCGCAAGGAACUUCUCGGAAGGCGGUGGCGGACGCCGUGUCGCUUGUGGUUGGCUCGUCACGAAACGGUCUUGUGGGAUUGUGUACAGAAGUAGCCAAGAUUGUCAAGGCGAAUGCAGAGUUGCAACUUCGGCUUAACAAGUUAGAAUCGAGUCGUUUAGAGAGUCUCGUUGAGGAUAGCGCUGCGUCCCAUGGGACGUCAUCAGUGUCGCUGCCACGGAUUUCUUCUGCUCAAGCACGACCGGUUUCCCGAGACUCGGGGACUGUGCAGAUGGAAUCUACAGCUUCCCUGGAGAGCAUUCGAGACGUGAUUCAGUCAUCACAGACAGAUCUAGUACGAGGAAAAGGAGAAAAACCAAUAGCUGCAUUGCUAAGAAACACAAGAGAUCAGAUUACUACUGCUCUUCAAGAUGUUCGUCAUCUCACUAUUCAUGAUGAUAACGUUGAGAGGCAAUACAGAGAAACUGUUGAUAUCAACCAAAAGUUAGAGCAAGAACUGGAACAAAUGAGGAAAGAAAUGACGAAACUGAGGGGGAAACUUUCUAUGGCUGAAAUUGCUCCAAGAAAACUAAGAGCAGAAAUGGCAAGGAGGCAAGACGUACAGAGGCGGAGACGUGCAAUAGAUGAAGAGACACGACAUAAGAGACCAGAGAAUGAACGUUACGUGUUACCUCGUUUGUUGACUGCUGAAGAACGGUCAUUGGUGGUCAAUGCUAAGGGCGAGUAUGUCAACUCAAAAGAUAAAUCAAAUUUAUCACACCCCAACACAAAGCAAAGCUUAAAGACUCACACUGGCAAAAGUCCUGACACUCUACCUCCUGCUCUGUUUGGAUGCAGCUGCUCAGUGUGUCGAUCAAUCCAAUCAAUGCGUGCAACAAGCACAGCCAAUGAUGCAAGAUCAAAACUACAAAUGAUGAUAUACAGCUCACACAGGGGUGGAGAGGUCGUUCCGAUCACUCGUGGUGGACAGCAGAUAUUUAUCGGAGAUAGGGUGAUCGUGAGAGGAGAGAGAACAGGCACAGUGAAAUAUAUUGGGAAGUUGGAGGGAGUCAGGUUGCCAUACACAAACCACAUAUUCCUUGGAUUACAAUUGGAUCAGCCGACUGGUCAUCAUGAUGGCAUCUUUCAAGGUCAUCGUUACUUUACUAGUGCUCCAAGGCAUGGAGCAUUUGUCAAUGUGAAAGAUGUAACCUGUGUUAUCACAAGACAAGCAGCUAAGCCCAUUGUCAAUCGAUCUCCAUCUCGUCUCACACGUCUGAAGCAGGAACAACAACUUCUUAAGGCCGAAGCUUCCCAGAAAAAGAAAGAACAAGUAUCUCUUAUGAGUGAGUCGGCUCAAACUAGAACUAAACUUCGUGAGCAAGAGGUUAUCUUGACAAAGAUCAAAGGCAUGUCUGAGGACUCAGCAUCUCAUGAAGGUGACAAAGACAUUGGAAUGACAGUCAAGAGCAAAGGAGAUCGACCGGCAUCUGGCAUAACCGAGGACAGUGACGUUGCUGAUCUUUGGACAAAAAUUAAUCAGUUGAUGGACAAAAAACCAAAAGUUUCGAAUGAAGCAGGAUCUGAUGUUGAUAAGCAUACAGUGGAGGAAGCCGUAACUCAAGUUUUGCAACUUGCAGAUACAAAAAAUACUGGAUGGGUUGACACUGAAGACUUUAUCCAUCUCCUGAAUUCUCAAGCACUGUGUAUGAACCUGACAGAUGCAGAGGCCGACAUCUUGGUUAGCAAGUCACAGUCAAGCUUGAAGAAACAAGUCAAUUACCGUUUGCUUGCACCUUCUCUCCUCAGUCUUAUUGCCACUACUAAGGCAGAUGGUGGGUCAAAACCAGGAGCACAUGACUGGUGCAAUUUCUACUCCAGGGUCCAUGAGAAAGUUGUCUAUUACAAUCUGAGAUCUGAGAAAGUGCAGUUACGAUGUCCUAGUGAAAUAGACAGGGAGAGGACGAUGACACUUGAUCAGGGAACAGACAUCAAGGGUGUGUUUGAAAGUAGCCUCCUGGAGGUGCUUGAGACUAAGGAUAUACGAAAAAGUGGAUUUCUUUCACACAAUGAACUUGCACAGGUCUUGAAAUCAUCAGAUGUCAAUCUUCAGUUGUCAGAAGGUCAAGUGAAACUAGUUCUUGCCAAAUGCAGCCAACAGUGGGACAUCAAGCUUGGUAUUCCUUACAUUAACCAUAUCCCUCAACUGAGGCAGUUCAUGUCAGAUUCAAUAAGAGAGACUGCUGGACCUGGCAGUGACGCCUGGUGUGAGAUUUAUACAAAGAAAACAGGACUGUUCUACCUGAACAAAAGAACGGGAGACCUGCAGACAACCCGUCCAUCUGGGAAACUGUACUGUGAUUGAUCAUUUUCAUUUUUGAUAAAUUAAUUAAUUAUUACUGUUGCAGUUACUUGGGCAUGCUCUGCUGCAAGUAGAUUUAAUUUGUUACCCAUUGUUAUUAUGAGUGCAUGGUGUACACUCACUAGCCCUGACAAUGAUCACGACAUUGAUGGGAAUUGCCAA